UCGCAGAAUCCGUGAGAGGAGAGACGCGAAAGAGGAAGCACGUCCAAUGGCGGACGAAAGCAGCAAAGGCGGAGACACUGUAGUAAUCAAUGUCCGUUCACUUACCGGCGAGUCGACGACUCUUCAGGUCUCUUCCGACAAGACGAUUCAUGACCUUAAGAUCGCCUUAAACCGGUCUUUCUCUCCCGCUUCUUCCUCUCCCAAUUUCCAUUUGUUUUUCAAGGGUGUGAAAUUGCGCUUGAACAGUAGGGUGGAUACUCUCGCCAUUCAGGCAGAUGAUUUCUUUGUUUUGGUUCCGUUUGCUAAGAAGGAAUGUGCACAGACCCAGAAACCCGAUUUCUCGGAAUCUUCCUUGAGCACAAGCUUGAACAGUAGGGCAGGUUCAAGCUUCUCAGACUCUGCAUAUUCUGAAAUGGUCAGCGAGUUUUCCAGUUUACGAGAUGAAAAUGUUGUAAGAGCAGAGAGCCAGGGAAUCGAAGAGAAUGGGGUCUUGCCUCACUCUUUUGGCGUUAAACGGAAAAGGGACCAAGAAAUCGGUCCGUACGAGUUCUUGAAGAGUGUUUCACAGUCUGAAGAGAAAAAUGCUUUUGAGGGACAAAAUCAAGUGAAGUUAGUCGAGGUUUUAGAGUCUGUCAAUUGCCUGACCACUCCGCGUUCUGCAAAAUGCUUGAUAUCCACGGAAACGAAUAGAAACCAUGGAGGUAGCUAUCCAUGUUCGUGUCCAGAGUGGUUGAAACUAUCAAUGGAAGCAUUUACAUUUUUGAAUCUAUUUACAUCUCUUCUUCAGUUACGAGGAGAAAAAAUCACAUUAAACCGUUUGGAGGAAUCACUUGCCCGAUUAGGGAAAUCGGGAAUUCGUAUUGGUAUUGAGGAUGUAAAGAAUCUCUCCAACAUCUGCCCCAAGGUAGUACGCCUUGUUACGGAUGACCUAGAGUCUGCAAACUACGAGAAUGCUAUUGUCAUAGUUGAUUCUCCGGACUCUGAAAUGGAUGGAGUGAAAAAAUAUUAUAAAUCUGAAUGUAAAUGGAUGCCACUGUCGAAGGUUCUUGAUUCAAUGAAGAAACGUGGAAUUUCCUUUAAGGCUUACCUUUCGGAGUCGAUCAAAUUGUUACUGUUAAAAAAUCGAAGUAAGAGGGACACGGUUGUUUCCUUGGAGGACAUGAUUACGUUAACAAAGGAAGGUAGAGUUUCAAGUAGAAAUGAAGCUAAACUGGCCAGCAAGUCCAGUUAUUUUCCGUCGGGGUCUCAUUCAUCUCAGAGCCGAUGUCAAAUGGUCAAUUUACAGGAAACAGAUCCUUUGCUACCUCCGGAAAUGGUUGAACAUCUCAGAAAUGGCAUCGGAUCCAAAGGACAGAUUGUUCAUGUUGAAGAUAUCCAACCCAGAAAAGCUGUCUAUGUUGAAAUUCCAGAUGAGCUCUCGGAAACCACUAAAUCUGCCCUGAAAAGUAUUGGCAUCAAUAAAUUAUACAGUCACCAGGCUGAGUCGAUUUCAGCCUCUUUGUCUGGGAAGAAUGUAGUGGUUGCAACAAUGACUUCUAGUGGGAAAUCUCUUUGCUAUAAUGUGCCAGUCUUUGAGGAAUUGGUCAAUAACCCAGCUUCUUGUGCCUUGUACUUGUUUCCAACAAAGGCCUUAGCUCAAGAUCAAUUGAGAGUGGUGCUCGAUAUGUCAGAAGGACAUGGAGCAAGCAUAAAUGUUGGAGUAUAUGAUGGUGACACUCCUAUGAAGGAUAGAACAAGACUUAAGAAUAAUGCUAGGCUGCUGAUCACAAAUCCUGACAUGUUACACAUGUCAAUAUUGCCCUUCCAUGGACAAUUCAACCGGAUUUUAUCAAAUAUUAGGUAUGUUGUAAUAGAUGAAGCCCAUACUUACAAGGGAGCAUUUGGCUGCCACACUGCCUUUAUAUUGAGAAGACUUCGACGACUCUGCUCUCACGUGUAUGGCACUGAUCCCUCUUUCAUAUUUUGCACCGCAACUUCCGCUAACCCUCGAGAACAUUGCAUGGAGCUUGCAAAUCUAUCUGAUUUAGAGCUUAUUGAUAAUGAUGGAAGCCAUUCCUCCCAAAAGCUUUUUGUUCUCUGGAAUCCCACAUCUUCUGCAAGAAAUAUAUCUGAAGAAAAUUCGAAACUCAUGACUGGUACUGGAGCUGAUUCACAUAGAACAUCAAGCCCAAUCUCUGAAGUUGCACUCCUUUUCGCAGAGAUGGUUAGGCAUGGGCUUCGUUGCAUUGCUUUCUGUCGGUCUCGCAAACUUUGUGAACUUGUUCUUUGUCUUACGCGUGAAAUCCUAGCAAAGACUGCCCCUCACCUGGUUGAGGCCAUAUCUUCAUAUCGCGGAGGCUACACUGCUGAGGACCGAAGGAAAAUAGAAGGCGGUUUAUUUGGUGGGAAGCUUUGUGGUAUUGCUGCAACAAAUGCUCUUGAAUUAGGCAUUGAUGUCGGUCAUAUUGACGUAACUCUGCAUUUAGGUUUUCCCGGCAGUAUCGCUAGCCUUUGGCAGCAAGCGGGCAGGUCGGGAAGACGAGAAAGACCUUCACUUGCUGUAUAUGUUGCAUUUGAUGGACCACUCGAUCAAUACUUCAUGAAAUUUCCUGAGAAACUCUUCCGCAGCCCAAUUGAAUGUUGCCAUAUCGAUUCUCUCAAUCAACAGGUCCUCGAGCAACAUUUGGUGUGUGCUGCUCUUGAGCACCCGCUGAGUUUGCAGUAUGACGAAAAACACUUUGGUUCCGGCCUAAGCAAUGGCAUUGCAGUACUCAAUAACAAAGGGUUUUUGAGCUCUGAUCCAUCCCGGGAUUCUUCUGCUAGAAUAUGGACCUACAUUGGUCAUGAGAAAAUUCCGUCACAGAAGAUCUGUAUCCGAGCCAUAGAGGCAGUGAGAUAUAUAGUUAUCGAUAAGAACAGUGAGGAAGUUCUUGAUGAAAUCGAAGAAAGCAAGGCUUUUUUCCAGGUAUAUGAAGGUGCUGUGUACAUGAACCAAGGGAGGACUUAUCUGGUGAAGAAACUCGAUACGAAAGAAACAAUCGCCUUUUGUGAAAAAGCGAGUGUGGAUUAUUACACAAAGACACGGGAUUACACCGAUAUUCACGUCAUGGGCGGCAACAUUGCUUAUGCAUACAAGGUUCCAAGGGACCAAAUUCCUGAAACAACAGCACAAGCUCAUAUUUGCAGGGUGACAACCACUUGGUUCGGAUUCUAUCGUGUUCGGAGAAGAACGAGUGAUGUAUUUGACGUCGUUGAUCUUUCUCUCCCGAGUUACUCAUACGAAUCACAGGCUGUUUGGAUUCAAGUCCCACAACCUGUAAAAUCAGAAGUUGAGAAGAUCUUCUCGUUCCGUUCGGGUUUACAUGCUGCUUGUCACGCCCUUCUGCAUGUUGUACCUCUUUUUGAUAGAUACGUGAGAUGCAACUACUCCGACUUGGCCCCAGAAUGUCCAAACCCGCAUGAGAAACGGUAUUUUCCUUCGAGAAUCUUAUUAUACGAUAAGCAUUCGGGAGGAACAGGCAUCUGUUCCAAGAUCCAACCCUUCUUCACCGAGAUUCUAGAAGCUUCUCUCGAUCUCCUAAUGUCCUGCCGUUGCUCUUCUGAAACCGGUUGUCCUAACUGCGUCCAGAACGUUGCUUGCCAAGAGUACAAUGAACUCAUACACAAGGAUGCAGCCAUUAUGAUCAUACAGGGCGUUUUGGAUGCGGAGAAAUCGUAUUUCGGAGCAGAAGCUUGAGAGGCGCUCUCUCAUUUUCUUGGGCCAUGAAUGAAUGGACUGACAAAAAUAGUGAAGUAAAAAGUUUCUCUGGUGAAGAAGAGAUGUAGCUUAGGUUAGGGAUAUGGAUAAAUAUCCACAAGUUCAUAAUUUUGUGCUGUUUGUCCCCUUCUAUAUAAUUUAUCUACCUUGUACAGAUUUAUUUCAAUAUAAGAAUAUUAUAAUAUGAUUCAAACCAUUCCACGUGUCAUUGUAUGCUACAAGGUUAUAAAUGUGAAGAAAAAAAAUGAAUGGGCUA